CGGGUUCUUACACCUUGCAUCCCUCCUGCCUUGAGUGUGGGGGAACACUUCUGUUUUAACACUGCUCUUGGAAAGAAAGCCUCUGUCCCAGGGGAGGAGAGGUGUCUGCAGGGGCAGAUCCUGCUGCUACCUGCAGGGUGCUCCCCAACCCCCCACCCAGGCGCCUGCUUUCGUCCCCUCCCCUCCUGCCUUCGUCCCCUGCCCCCACCUCCUUAUUGGUGCUGGUUUGCAGCGCUUGGCUCCUGUGCCUCCGCUUCGUGUUUGAAUCUGGCUCGCCCCUCCGUAUUAUGUCUGCACUCCGAAGGAAAUUUGGGGACGAUUAUCAGGUAGUGACCACUUCGUCGAGCGGCUCGGGCUUACAGCCCCAGGGGCCAGGGCAGGGCCCGCAGCAGCAGCUUGUACCCAAGAAGAAGCGGCAGCGGUUCGUGGACAAGAACGGCCGGUGCAAUGUGCAGCACGGCAACCUGGGCAGCGAGACCAGCCGCUACCUCUCGGACCUCUUCACCACCCUGGUGGACCUCAAGUGGCGUUGGAACCUCUUCAUCUUCAUCCUCACCUACACCGUGGCCUGGCUCUUCAUGGCGUCCAUGUGGUGGGUGAUCGCUUAUACCCGGGGCGACCUGAACAAAGCCCACGUCGGCAACUACACUCCUUGUGUGGCCAAUGUCUAUAACUUCCCCUCUGCCUUCCUCUUCUUCAUCGAGACCGAGGCCACCAUCGGCUAUGGCUACCGCUACAUCACCGACAAGUGCCCCGAGGGCAUCAUCCUUUUCCUCUUCCAGUCCAUCCUGGGAUCCAUCGUGGACGCUUUCCUCAUCGGCUGCAUGUUCAUUAAGAUGUCCCAGCCCAAGAAGCGCGCCGAGACCCUCAUGUUUAGUGAGCAUGCGGUGAUCUCCAUGAGGGACGGAAAACUCACUCUCAUGUUCCGGGUGGGCAACCUGCGCAACAGCCACAUGGUAUCCGCGCAGAUUCGCUGCAAGCUGCUCAAGUCUCGGCAGACACCUGAGGGUGAGUUCCUUCCCCUUGACCAACUUGAACUGGAUGUAGGUUUUAGUACAGGGGCAGAUCAACUUUUUCUUGUGUCCCCUCUCACAAUUUGCCACGUGAUUGAUGCCAAAAGCCCCUUUUAUGACCUAUCCCAGCGAAGCAUGCAAACUGAACAAUUCGAGGUUGUCGUCAUCCUAGAAGGCAUCGUGGAAACCACUGGGAUGACUUGCCAAGCUCGGACAUCAUACACUGAGGAUGAAGUUCUUUGGGGUCAUCGUUUUUUUCCUGUAAUUUCUUUAGAAGAAGGGUUCUUUAAAGUUGAUUACUCCCAGUUUCAUGCAACAUUUGAAGUCCCCACCCCUCCGUACAGUGUGAAAGAGCAGGAGGAAAUGCUUCUCAUGUCCUCCCCUUUAAUAGCACCAGCCAUAAACAACAGCAAAGAAAGACAUAAUUCUGUGGAGUGCUUAGACGGACUAGAUGACAUUAGCACAAAACUCCCAUCAAAGCUGCAGAAAAUUACUGGGAGAGAAGACUUUCCCAAAAAACUCCUGAGGAUGAGUUCUACAACUUCAGAGAAAGCCUAUAGUUUGGGUGAUUUGCCCAUGAAACUCCAACGAAUAAGCUCAGUUCCUGGCAAUUCUGAAGAAAAACUGGUAUCUAAAACCACCAAGAUGUUGUCUGAUCCCAUGAGCCAGUCUGUGGCAGAUUUGCCACCAAAGCUUCAAAAAAUGGCUGGAGGACCUGCCAGGAUGGAAGGAAAUCUUCCAGCCAAACUAAGGAAAAUGAACUCCGACCGCUUCACAUAGCCAACACCUCCUUAGGCAUUCUUUAAGGUUUUGAUUUAGUAUUAGUCCAAUAUUUGGCUUACAAGAUAAUCCUCCCUAGGAAAUCAGAGAGGUCUAUCCCAGCCCAGAAAGUGUGUUUGAGAACUCUUCAAUCCAGUGUUGUUACCGUGCAGAACAUGCAUUAUGAAGGGAGGCCAUCUUAAGGAAGUUAUUAGUGGGCAUGUAUUAUCACAUCAAGCAUGCAAUAAUGUGCAAAUUUUGCAUUUAGUUUUAUGGCAUGAUUUAUAUAUGGCAUAUUUAUAUUGAAUAUUCUGGAAAAAUAUAUAUAAAUAUAUAUUUGAAGUGGAGAUAUUCUCCCCAAAGUUUCUAAUAUAUGUAUUAAGCCAAACAUGAGUGGAUAGCUUUCAGGGCACUAAAAUUAUACACAUAUAUACAUACAUACAUAUAAACAUACAUGCACACACACACAUGACAUACCCAUACAAACAUAUAUAUCUAAUAAAAAUUGUGAUGUUUUGUUCAAAUUUGUAUUUCUUGUGCAUGUUUACUUUAUUAGACUAGGAAGGCUGCUGGCAUUGAUUAUGAAUACCAAAUACUUUAGCCUUAAAUUAUUUGUUAUUUAAAAAUCUGAUUUAAUGUUUUCUGCUGUUAAGGUGAUGGAAUCUAUCAACUGUACUUAAUCAUAAAAGAUUUCUCAGAAGUUUAUGGGGUUCAUGGCACCACAGAGACAUCAUUAUUGUGCAUUUAAUUUGUAAAUUUAGAGUACCAGUACCUGGUACACACCAUUGAACUUUUCUUAUGAUUUUUAGAAGUCACUGGAACUGGGGUUGGGUAAAUAAAAGUUUAUUAAUUCAUCGGUUAGUCUUUUCUUAGACUAACUAAUACCUUUAAGUUGGAUUUGUACACAGUCUAAUAAAAAUAUGAGCUCUAGACAAAUGCUGAAUCAUUGGAAUAGUCAGUAGCCAGGUUAUAUUUGAAGAUGUCAGAGUUUGUGUGAACUUUACAGGGUAACGGUCCCUGCUUCAAAAUGAGUUAAUUGCAAAUGUUUUCUUCUUUUUCUGGGACUUUUGUCAUCCAUCAAAAACCUCGUAGAUCUUUCAGGAGAUAUGACAGCACAAUGAAGCAGAAGAAAUACUCAUGCUAAAAUCGUGUAUGUCUAACAGAGACUUUUUUUGCUGUUCUCUUGUGUAUGCCAUUUGUUGUGAAAGGACAGACUUUUUCCUUAUCUGGGAAGCAUAUCCCAGGUCUGUCAGUCAUAAUUUCGCCGAGACCUGAGGAAAUUAAAAUCAAAUGAAUUGAUAAUGUUUGUACACUCAGGAUUUUUCAGUUUUGUUUUGGUGUUGAACAAUUCUUUAUUGAUGCCUUGGAUCUCUGGCCUCCACAAUAAGUUUAGUAGUACGAUUUUUCAACUCCCAACAUCUUGCUGGAAUCAAACUUGAUCAGUAGUACACUUCUAACACAGGGUUUAGGGUGAGGAUUUUUUUUGUGUGUGUGAAAAUGCAGAAGUACUUCUUGGCAUAAUAGCAUAGGUUUUGCUAUAUAAUUUCUUUGGGAAAUUUCUUUGGGGUUUUCAAUCCAAAUUGGCCCAGAAUUUACUCACUUCUCAUUAAUAUGUAAAUCACUGAUGGAUGGUUUGAGCACACAGCAUUCCUUACAGUUUAGUGAUCCUGCGAUAAUUUUAUUAGAGGCAAAUUAUUGCAUAAACAGUAUAUCAUCCACUAUAUCUUAUGGCUACCUCUGUAUCAACCAAAUUCUGUAGGUGCAAACACAUACCAGGGAAUGAUUACUGGAAAAAUGAUCAACUCUAGCAUCCAUCCACUGUGAAUAGAGCAGUUGCCCUUCCCCUUGAUCACUAAAUGUUCUUAUUUGCCAGAUGAAGAUGAUAUUAGCAGAAGGAAAAAGGGGACCAGUGGGUAUGGAAUAUUUAGCAGUGGAGGAAGCUGCAUAGAUCAUUUAGUCCAACACCUUAAAACUAUACAGAGCCAUAAUAGUCUUUGGAGAGUCAUUUUAAUUUGUUUUUGGUAUUAUGAAGAACCAAAAACAAACUCUCUGGAUUUAUUCAUUUAACAAAAAUUGUUGCAUGCCUUCUUUGUCCUAGGCAUUGUAUUUUUUCUUUCUUUCUUUUUUUUUUUUUUUUUAGGUUUCGUUCCUGGGGAUUUAGAUAUGUAUGCCACAUGAGCAGGAGAAUGUGGAGGAGACAGGAGAAAAAGAGAGAGAGAGAGAGAGAGAGAGAGAGAGAGAGAGAGAGAGAGAGAGAGAGAAUGCAGUAGUCAACAUUUCAAGUAUAAGAAUGAACACAGGGUAGAACACAGAAAUGGCUGGGGGUUGAUGAGCACACAGAGGAGAUACGUAGGGAGUUGGUUAACAGUAGACUUGGGACCUGGAUGACAAGAGCCAGUGUGGCCAUAAUCAAUCAAUUCAAGAGAAUACGACACUUUGACCUUUUCCGCACACGUGUGGGAACAGUAUGAUUUCUGCAUGUACUUGCAGUUUACUCCCGAUUUCAAUGUUGAGCAUAGGAUCCAGUCUGCCCAGGAAACUUGCAGUUUAUACUUGUUGUACUUGUGGAAUUAUUAGUAGCCCUCUCUUUAAUUCCCAUUAUGUCCUGGUUUGGAUGAUAUAUGGUAAAGUUUUGUUGAUGCUAACAAAAUUAUCGAGUCUAAUAUAUUUGGAAAAAAAAUAAAGAAUUGCUUUACUUCUC